AUGGACCGUCGGGGAAGCGAAAAGUUCGGCCUGGUGCUGGAUUCUGAGCUGUCAAUCUUCGAUUUUUAUGCUCCAGCCCGGACGGGCAAGGCCUGCCAUCCCGGGGGCGCCUGGAGCCAACUUCUGCAGCGCUUGCACGCAUGUGAGGAGGCAAAGACCUUCAACGCCGCCCGAGUGAGUGAUAAGUUGGUGGUCUACAACUUUACUUCGUAUGUGCCUUGGCUGCACCAUAAUUCUUCAGAUGGACCACACGAUCAAGCUCUCUUGAAGGAGAAUUUCGACUUUGUUCGGUCAGGGAAAGUCUGUGGAUCUGAGAAGUGUGCCCUGGUGCAGGAGAUGAUUUCAAAAAGCUUGUGGUCUUGGUGGACCGAUAUUCCGUGGACCAACCUGAUAGUGGCCAAGCGUAUGCUGGCAUCAGCUGCAGGUACAGAUGUCAGGAAAGUUGCUGAGUGGCAGGGCCUUGUCCAGCAACUGCGUGUUCCUCGAUUCGAACACGUGGCAUACCAAAUGUGGUGUGUUCUGCAUGAAGGCUUUCACGUGCGGGAUGUCACAGACGUGGCGAAAGAGGCACGCUGGGGCUCCUUCCUGGAGGACCCUCAGCCCGACUCGCGGUUUGCGGAAUUGAAGCCACUUUGGGCCCCAUGGCCUAGCGUUGCUGCGGUGGAGACGUCCAAGGCGGCGCCUUUCUCCCAGGAGAGCCCACCACUUCUCAUUUUCCACGCAGAUCAUCUGCAGAUGCGCUUUACUUUCUCCGGACGCCGUCACAAGUUCCUGUGGGAGUCAUUGCUCCUAGACCUGCUUGAGAAGCACAAUCGAACGGCUCUUUGGUGGCAGCAUAGCUUCUCUGUAAGGUUGCCAGGAUGGAGCGUGAUGCAUGCGGCACGAUACGCUGUGGGCGAGCUGGCGGAGAUCUGUGUGACUGAGGACUUCGACAACCACAGCAUCAGGGGAGCACGCAGAUUGACUGGACCCUGGUCCCAGCGGCACCAGAAAAUCAACAUCGGCAGUCGUGGUUUGCACUGGACUGGGCGGCAAGUUCACAGUUCAGUGGGGCGCCGGGGCUCAUGA